GGUCUUGAUUUCGCUCUCUCGCCUUUGCUCUGUUCUUGGGGUCGUUUCUUGGACUUGCUGUAUCGGACGCUUCUCGCCGUGAUCCUCACAGCUAUAUAGGACAGACUCUUCCCGCACCUAGCCUCCUAGCAGCCAACACGCCCUCGCCCCCACACCACCACCCACCAGCACAAGAAAAAUGGCAACCUCGACCUCGGAGGGGAUCCCGCCGUCGGUGUUCACGCUCCCGCACACGGCGCAGCUCGAGGCGCUGUACACGAUCAUCCGCGACAAGGACACGAGCCGCGGCGACUUUCUGUUCUACUCGGACAGGAUCAUCCGGCUGCUCGUCGAGGAGGGCCUGAACCACCUGCCGGUGCUGCCGAAGACGGUGCAGACGCCGACGGGCGCGACGUAUGAGGGCGUCGGGUUCGAGGGCAAGAUCUGCGGGGUGUCGAUUCUAAGGGCGGGCGAGGCUAUGGAGGCGGGUCUUAGGGAGGUGUGUAGGAGUGUGCGGAUAGGGAAGAUCCUCAUCCAGAGGGACGAGGAGACGGCACAGGCGAAGCUGUUCUACUCAAAGCUCCCGCCGGACAUUGAGAAGCGCUACGUGCUGCUGCUGGACCCCAUGCUCGCGACGGGCGGUUCAGCGAUUAAGGCGGUGGAGGUGUUAAAGGAGCACGGCGUGCCGGAGGAGCGCAUUAUAUUCGUGAACCUGAUCGCGUCGCCCGAGGGGCUGAAGAACUUCUGCACCAAGUACCCGACCACGAAGGUGAUUACCGGGUGGAUCGACGAGGGGCUGAACGAGAAGGCGUAUAUCAUCCCUGGGCUGGGAGACUUUGGGGAGCGGCGGUAUUGCUCAUGAGAGAUAGGCGGGGGGCGCACAGGGCACUGGAGGUGAGAAGGCGCGGGCGAGACGUGCGAGCGGGCAGGGGGAGUGGGUGGUCGGGAGAACGGUUCGAGUGGGAAGCUGGGACGGCGUGUAGGAUAACUCUGGCGUGUAGCGGGUACACGGACGGCUCUGUACGUAGCCCGCACUCGUCGGCCGAAACAUACGAAGCGCGAGGAGAAGUGUUUGGGACAAUAUUGCGGAGACUGCGCCCGAGUGGUGGGGAGGAGAGGAGGAGAGAUCCGAGGAGUGUCAUAUGAAAGUAUCAGACGCGAAAUUGAGCGCGACCUUCUUCC